CGCCUUACCCACCCUACUACGACUACGGCUGCGCCAAAGAAGCUCACCAGCAUAUCCACAUACAGUUGCAGACACGCACAUCAACUAUGACGACCUUCGAACCCUCGCUCAGCGCCAGCCUGCGCGCAUCGUCGCACGAUGCGCCGUCCAUGGCCGACCAGUUGCCCUCGAUCAACUUCGGCUUCGACGAGCUGCGCAGUCGCAUGAACCAGUUCACCGCCCGCUUUGACGACUUCAUCGAGAAGGGCAGGAGGAGAGUCCUGGAGGAGCGCAACCAGUUCCGGAUGAACGUCGCUGAGAUUCACGAGGACCAGCGAAUGAAGAAGCGCGACAUCGAAAUCCUCGAGCUCAAACAGACACAGCACUCACAGACGCUCGCCAAAGAGUCGGCCGAGACGUCCGAAAUGCAAGACGCCAUAGCAACGCUUACCACGCAGCGCGACGAGCGUCUUUCCCACCGCGACGCCCUCCGCGCGCAGAUCGCCGAGCUUCAGAAAUCUGUCUCCGCGCGCCGAGAAGCGCAGCUCAAGCAUCGCCGCUACCUGGACGGCCAGUCGCGCUACAACGAGCCCGAGCUCGACUUCUGGGAGAGCUACCUGGGCCUGCGCAUCGAGGGCAUGGGUAAACAGGACAGGCUGAAGUUCAUCUUCGCCAAUGUAUGCGAGCGCGAGUGGGAUCGUGAGGCGUGGUUCGAGCUGGAUACGACGGAGAGGGAGUACAAGGUGCCUGAGUUCAGGCCUAAGGUGGAGCGUGACGAGGUCGAUCGCGUCCUAGAGCACCUCAACGAGACGCGGGAUUUCGCCUCCUUCCUGAAGGGCAUGCGCGAGCUCUUCGUAGAGGCGUUGAAGUAGGGCCAAGCCGUCGGUACGUCUGGUGGGUUAUGCAUGGCAUUGGUUGGGUCGUUGCAUGGCAUGACAGAUUCUAGUGUAAUACCCACAAUACGAUACUCUUGAAAACUGUCUUCAUUCGUGUCGCUCUCAUAUUUUCUCAUUCGCUCGCUGCUUAUCAGACACCCUUUAC